AGGGAAUGACUUGCACCCUUGGUGAAAAAAAGCCACUUCCUAAAUAGCAGCAAGUUGUGCGCUUCUUGGAAAGUUGUCCAGUGUGCAGACUUCAGGGAGGCAUCUCUCUCUCUGUCUCUCUGUCUGUCUGUCUGGUGUCGGACUCCUCUCAGGAAUGCAGCGGGAAGAAGUGUGACAAGCCUUUUUGCUUUAACUUCAAAAGUAGGACGGAGCUCAGUUUUCUCAUGUUGCCAUAUUUAGUUUAAAGCCAUUGUUGCUGUGAGAGCAUGUUAACCAGGCUGCUUGUCCAAGAAGUCACUUUAAACUUCACAUCAUCGACUUCCAAGGAUUAUUAAAAGACUUGAGAGGCGACUUCUUCUUCUUCUUCUUCAGCAUCAUGGGCUGCAACAAGGUGAUGUGGGGGGUGAUCGGGGCGGUUGUCGUCAUCACGUUAAUAACAGUCACAGCAGUUUAUUACAGCAAGACUGAUGGUCCCAAGAGGCCAUUCACCCUCGAUGACUACUUCAACGACACCAUUAGGUGGAGAUCCUACGAUUUGUAUUGGAUAUCAGACAAGGAGUAUCUGCAUAAAACAAGAGAUGGGAAUAUCUUCCUCUACAAUGCUGAAACAAAUGCGGAGUCACUAUAUUUGAGCAAUUCAACCUUUGCUCAAGUGGAUGCCACAGAUUACUUUUUGUCUGGUGAUUAUAAAUACAUCGCUUUGGAAAGCAAUUACACACAGAAAUGGAGACAUUCAUUCACAGCCUCUUACUCCAUCUAUGACAGGGAGAGUUCGACAUUUAUUACGCCUGUGAAUCUUCCCACCGUUGUGCAGUACUUUUUUUUCGCCCCAAAAGGAAACAAAUAUGCUUACGUCUCAGACUUCAACGUUUUCUUCAAAUCCAACGUCACUGCUGAAGCUGUACAGGUGACCUACAACGGGAAGAAGAAUGAGAUCCUUAAUGGUAUCCCUGACUGGGUAUAUGAGGAGGAGGUGUUUGCAUCGAGCGGGGCACUAUGGUGGUCAACAACUGGAAAAUAUUUGGCUCAUGCAGAGUUUAAUGAUACGAGCGUUCACAAAGUGGAGUAUACGUGGUAUGGAAAUGAGCAGUAUCCUGAGACAGUGGCUGUUCCGUACCCAAAGGCUGGAUCUGCGCUUACCAAGGUGAAACUGUUUGUGGUCGACACCACAAAUCCAUCCCUCCGCACACAGUUGGUGGCUGCUCCUGCUUCCGUUGCUUCUGGCGAUCACAUGUUGUGCUCAGUGACCUGGGUCACAGACGAACGCGUCGCUGUGCAGUGGGUAACGAGGAAACAGAAUUACGUGGUUGUACAGAUCUAUGACUUUGAUGGAAGCAGCUGGCAAGAAAAACAGAAAUUUGAGCAAACGAGCAAAACGGGAUGGGUCGGCCACUACGUGCCCUUACCUCUUUUCUUUGCUGACGAUAAACUCAGUUUCUAUAAAGUGAUGAGUGACACUCAGGGCUACAAACAUAUUCAUUAUGUGAAAGAAGGCAAAGCAACACCUAUUACCUCUGGGAAGUGGGAAGUCAUCUACAUCUCCAAAUUAACAAAAGAUGCCAUAUAUUUUGUGAGUAAUCAAUACCAAGGGAUAGCUGUGAAGAGAAAUGUUUACAAGGUUGUGAUCGGAAGCAGCCCUUCUGCUCCUCAGUGUCUCACAUGCGACCUGCAUGAAGACAGGUGUCAGGUCACCUCUGCUUACUUCAGCACUGAAGCCUCUUACUACCGAAUGGACUGCUACGGACCUGGGUUGCCCCUCUACACACUCAGGGACAACAGGGGCUCAGGUGCAGAGCUCUCCGUUCUUGAAGAGAACAAGGUACUGAAAGAUAUUCUGACAGAAUUCCAAAUGCCAACGAUGCAGCAUGGCACACUGAAGGUUGCAGGAUAUGAUCUUUGGUAUCAAAUGAUGUUACCACCAAAUUUCAAGAAAUCUAAAAAAUAUCCUCUUCUUAUUAAAGUGUAUGGUGGCCCCUGCAGUCAGGAGGUGAACUACAACUUCAAGCUGAACUGGGGCACGUACCUCUCCAGCUCAAAGGGGAUCAUCGUCGCCAGCUUUGACGGAAGGGGAAGCGGUUACCAAGGGGAUGAAAUAAUGCACGCAAUCUACAAGCGCCUUGGCACGUUCGAAGUGGAGGAUCAGAUAACAGCUGUGAGGAAAUUCAUCGACAUGGGUUUUAUCGACAAAGACAGAAUAGCAAUAUGGGGCUGGUCAUACGGUGGCUACGUCACCUCAAUGGCCUUGGGUGCUGGAACUGGACUCUUCAAGUGUGGAAUAGCAGUUGCCCCAGUGGCCAAGUGGGAAUAUUAUGAUGCAGUGUACACUGAACGCUACAUGGGCACCCCCGCGGACAAUUCAGACGCUUACGAAAAUUCCACAGUGACGGCCAGAGCAAAGAACUUCAAAACAGUAGACUAUCUAUUGGUCCACGGCACAGCAGAUGACAAUGUCCAUUUCCAGCAGUCAGCACAGAUCUCCAAAGCUCUGGUGAACGCGCAAGUGGACUUUGAGGCGAUGUGGUACACUGACAGGAACCACGCUCUGAGAGGAUCAGCCUUCCAUCAUACAUACACACUCAUGAGCCACUUCCUGCAGAAAUGCCUCGUUUACCCAAAAUAGAUGUGAAGAAUGUGACGGCAUUUAUUGUGAACAUUUUAUUUUCUAAUUUGAGUAUUUUUAUCUUACUGAUAUUCUGAAAUAUCAGGUUGUACAUUUGUUUUUUAUUUACAAUGGAUGUUCGAUUGCUCGCACAGAUGAGCAUUUGUAUUUUAUGUGUAUUUAGGGAACCUUGUCAAGAUAUCUGACAUUCAAAACUAAAAGCAAUUGCAUGCAUUUAUGGUUGAAAACCUUGUUUUAUGUGAAUAUGAUGUCAUACAAUAGAUGAAUUGCACUGCACUGAUUUGUUGUGUGAGUGUUAUAAUUUGUGUGUUGCCGACUAAUGAAUAAAUAAUUUUGAAAUACAA